AUGGCGAGUUGCUCCUUUGCUGGCAACCAAGCGCUUAGGAGACUGAGAGCUGAAGCAGCCAAAGCCUCCGCAGCUCUAGUAGCAUUGGCGACCACCCCGCUUCUUUCCUUGGGAACCCCGACCGCACUCAUUGGGACCAGGUCAUCCUGUCCGGGAGCCAUGUGGCUCUCCACAGCCACUGGCUCCCGGUCAGACUCCGACUCCGAAGAGGAGGACCUCCCCGUCGGGGAUGAAGUCUGCAAACGCGGCUACCUGAGGAAGCAAAAGCAUGGACAUAAGCGUUACUUCGUACUCAAACUCGAGACAGCAGAUGCUCCAGCUCGACUCGAAUACUACAAAAACGCCAGGAAGUUCCGGCACAGUGUCCGCGCCGCGGCGGCUGCUGCAGCGGCGGCCGCCUCUGGGGCUGCGGUGCCCACGCUCAUCCCACCAAGGCGCGUGAUCAUCCUGUACCAGUGCUUCUCCGUGAGCCAGCGCACUGAUGCCAGGUACCGACACCUUAUUACCCUUUUUACCCAGGACGAGUACUUCGCGAUGGUGGCCGACAACGAGUCUGAACAAGAAAGCUGGUACUUGCUCCUCAGCAGCCUCAUCCUCGAGAGCAGGCGCCGCCGCUGCCUCACACUAGGGGCACAGCCGGACGGAGAGCCAGCAGCCUGGGAGGCGUCAGUGGCGACGGAGCCACCCUUCUAUAAAAAUGUGUGGCAGGUAGUAGUGAAACCUAAGGGGCUGGGGCACAGAAAAGAGCUGAGCGGUGUGUUCCGGCUGUGUCUUACCAACGAAGAGGUUAUGUUUGUGAGGCUUAAUACCAACGUGGCCAGUGUGAUAGUUCAGCUCCUGAGCAUUCGUCGCUGUGGGCACUCGGAGCAAUACUUCUUCUUGGAAGUCGGCAGGUCUACUGUCAUCGGUCCAGGGGAGCUGUGGAUGCAGGUGGAUGACUGUGUGGUGGCCCAAAAUAUGCAUGAGUUGUUUUUAGAGAAGAUGAGAGCCUUGUGCGCAGAGGAAUACCGAGCCCGCUGCCUCAACUACGGCAUUAGUGUUAGCACCCACCUGUUAACCCUGCUGUCCACUAGGAGGCACCUGGGCUUGCUUCCACUGGAGCCUGGCGGCUGGCUCCGAAGAUCCCGCUUUCAGCAGUUUUGCCACCUCAGGGGUAUUGGUGACAGGGAAGAGCAUCUCUUCCCCAGGCGCUUCAUCACACCCAGUGCGCCUCUGCCUCCCUCCAGGAGAGAAAGUGAGCACCUGCCAAGAGCUCGUGGGUCCCGGAGAGCCGUCUCAGUACCACCCAGAUUUUUCCAUCGCUUAACACCUAGCCCACAGCCUGUACCACAGCCUGAAGAAGCCCCCAACGACAGAGCCUUGGGCUCCAGGUCUGGCAAUUCUGAAGAAAAGGACAAGGAGAGCAAGGAAGGAAACGGAGGUGAUUCCAUGCCCUUCAUGAACAGCUGGGGCUCAGGACGUGGCCAAGGCUCAGGAGGUGGACAGGGCUCAACCGGCCAAGGCUCCAGUAGUCAAAGCUCAGGAGGAAACCAGUGCUCAGGUGGGAGGCAGGGAUCUGGAGGUGGCCAGGGCUCGGGAGGCCAGGGUGCAGGAGGAAACCAGUAUUCAGGAACUGGCCAGGGCACAGCGGGUGGCCACGGCUCAGGCGGAGGCCAGAGGCCUGGAGGUGGCCAUGGCUCAGGGAGCGGCCAGGGAUCCGGAGAUGGUCGUGACUCAGGUGGUAGCAAAAACUCAGGAGGGAGCAAGGGCUCAGGAGGUGGGAAAAACUCUGGUGAUGGUGACCGUGGCAAAUCUCUGAAGAAAAGAUCCUACUUUGGCAAGUUCACUCAAAGCAAGCACCAGCAAAUGCUGCCUCCUCCACCCCCAACCCCUCCUCCACCCCCACCGGCUGGAGCAACUGGUGGAAAAGGGAAGUCUGGGCGGAGAUUCCGACUUUAUUUUUGUGCAGACAGAGGAGCCACAAAAGAAUGCAAAGAAUCCAAAGAAGUGAGAGAGAUGGAGACCCCCCCGGAAGGUGCAGCCAGGGUGCCUCACAGAGGCAGAGCUUUUGAUGACGAUGAGGAUGACCCAUAUGUACCAAUGAGGCCAGGGGUUGCUGCUCCUCUUGCCUGUUCCAGUGAUUAUAUGCCAAUGGCUCCUCAGAAUUCCUCUGCUUUCGAGAAGCGCCACUCUCGGUCACCCUUUGAAGACUCCAGAGGGUACAUGAUGAUGUUUCCCAGAGUGAGCCCACCACCACCUGCCCCAAGUGCUCUGAAAGCACCAGACGCUAAUAAAGAGGAUGACUCAAAGGACAAUGACAGUGACGGUGACUACAUGUUUAUGGCUCCUGGAGCAGGUGCAAUUCCUAAAAAUCCCCCCAAUCCUCAGGGAGGCUCUUCCUCCAAAAGUUGGAGCUCUUACUUUUCUCUGCCAAGCUCCUUUCAGAGCUCACCCCUGGGACAGUGUGACCAUAGUGAGUACGUUCCGAUGUUACCUGGAAAAUACCUGGGGAGGGGUCUAGACAAAGAGACCUCCUUUAGCCAGGACACCAAAAAUGUAGCAUCAAAGCCUUUAAUUGAGGGGUCAUUCUCAAAACCUGGAGAUAGGGGGUCACCUGCAAAGCCUUCGGAUGAUGUUCUCCCAGUGAACAAGGCUAAGAGACUUAACCAACUCUCUUUUACUGCAAAAGGAAAUAAAAUAAAGCCCAAACCAAUAAAGCCCAUACAGGAGCAGAGAGGAGAUGACAACUCUCCCGACUAUAUCAACAUUGACUUCUUUAAGAGAGCGAGACCUAUGCCAGCUCCCUCUAUUUACGGACUGCCAGAUUCCUGGGGCUUAAUUACUGACCCCAGAAGCACAGCUUUUUCCGGUUACCUGAAUGCUGAAUUCGGGGUGCCCUUUCCAAAUCCAGCAAUCCACCUCUUAGAUCUUUUAAGAGUUCUACCAGGUGCCAAUUCCAUUUCUCUGGCUGGUGCUAGGUGGCCCUUUCGUCUUUCUCCAAGCAAUGCUAUUGUGGAGGAGGGUGAACACAUUGAAGUGAUUUUCAGUCCUGCCGUGACAACAGCCGUGUCUUUUGCUGACAGUACCAUUCGCUAUGAUGCUCAAACCGGUCGAAUAUAUUUAGUUGACCCAUUCUCUGAGUGCUGUAUGGAUAUUUCUCUCUUUCCUGGCCAAUGCUCUGAACUGCCACCUGUAGCUAGGCUGAUACAGGAGGAAGUGCAGGAGAGAAGAAGCCCACAAAGCUGGUCCCAAAGUUUAUUUGCCAACACCCGAGCCGCUCUCUUUGCUUUCCCAACUGACAGAUUAGGGAGAGACCUUCCCUCAGCUUCUGCCAGGGUUGCUACUCAGGCUGGGACGCCAUUCUUGGCAGUGAGCAGGGCUUUAGUAGUAGUCUCUGCGCUCGCAGUGGCCCCCGGCUUUGGCGCUGUCUUUGCCGGUUUUCAUGCAGCUGCAGGAUUUGACUCCGCCUCAGCUCCCUGGUUCCAACCUGUUGCUAAUGCUCUUGGUGCCCGCGCUGUAAGAGGGGUCCAGGACAUUGCAGCAGGCUGGAAUCCUGGAGCCCUUAAUCAAGCUGCCAGAGGUGAGGACCUGGAGGUCCACGCAGCCGCUCCCCCACUGCCGCCUCGUCAACGUCGGGCGCUGAGACCCACAGAGAGAGCAGAGUCUGAGGACAAUGACGAUGAUGAAGACGACAACAUUUACGUGAGAAUGGACUUUGCCAGACGUGACUACAAGAAGUGACCACUCUCUGAAAAGAGAGUUAUUACAUUGUCAACAAAACCAAACACAUUUUAGAAGAAAAAUGACACAGAAUUUAAUCUUCAUCUACUCCAGAUCUGCCUAAAAGAAAGAAAAUUCUGAAGCUUCUGAAUAGAAAGCAAUCUCAAUUUCUACCACUCAACAAUUGGACUGUGACAGCUGAAUGAGCCUCGUGGAGUUCAUUCUUGCUACUGACUCCUAGAUCCAUUGGCUGACUUAAGGAUGUGUACACUGUACAUUGGCUUUGUUUCCUAGUUUCCCUGAUCUGCCUUUUUGAAAAGAAUGAGAUGCUAUAAGUUAGUAUCUCAUAAAAGUAUGAUUUUCCUCUCUAAAAAUGUGUUGAAUCUAUGUAAAUAUAACCAGCAUCAAUUUUAAUGACAUAAAAUACCUGGAUGAAUUUUCAAUGUGAACAUCUUUAAAUGAUGGCAGAUAAAGAAACAUAAGUGAAUGAGAAGGUAGGUAUGACCUGGAAAAUUUUUUUUUCCUGAAAAGUACAUGCUUAAAACAUUUCUUGGUCAAAAAAUUACUAUGAACUGAACUUCUAUAUUGACGGGGCAUUUUCAGUACUUUAAAGACAUGACUAAAGGGCAGAUUAUCUUAGAUUUUGCUCAUUAACAAUACUAUGACAUUCUGUUGACACUAGACAUGAACUAAAGUGAUAUCUUGACAAAAUAUUUCUAGCAUUUUAAAGGCAGAUCCAAGGAGCAGGUUGUCUACUUGUUUGUGUAGAACCUGAUGAUGGUCUGCUAUCAGAUUGAGCAUUUCCAAACAUAUUGUUUUGAUUUUAUUUUGAAACCUACAUUUAUUCCUGUAAAGAGGCAAGUAAGCCUUCAUAUCCUUUUUUGCCUCUCUGGAGUCUCCUCCCUCCUACCCUUCAAACUGCCUUCCCCUCUUUCUGGCUUUCCCCAGUAAUGAUUCUCCCCCCUUAUGUCCAGGAUACCUAGAAAUAAAUUAAGUUUCCUAUAUUCAGAAAUUAGGGUAUACCCACCAAUUGAUCAUCUGCCUAAAACUUAAGCCAAAAGGAACCUCUUAUAAGGCCUUGUUUCAUUCUGAACCAUUGAGCCAAUAUAAGAUGUACAAUUUUAAAAGAAAAAAAUAUCAGAGCAAGCUCCCCCUUCCUACUUUUGCUUGCUUCUGAUGGAAACUGAAUUAAGAUUUUAGGAACCUAGACCUUUGGGAACAUGAAAAUAGCAGGUGGUAACCACACAGGAUAGGUACAAAGGUCUUGAAGCUUGCUUAGAGUUUUGUUACAUAGUGGUACACAGCUCUUGGCUUUAGUACCAUCACUGGCAAAACCUCAUCAUCUCACAGAUGGGUGUGAGUGUUUUAGCAAGUGUCUGCAAAACUGUGUGAGUGCAAGUGUGUGAAUGCACACAUUUGUGUGUAUGUGCACCUUUUUGUACCUGUGAACACGUGAUUAUAGAUGUACCUGUUAUGUGUAACUCUGUUUUAAAAAAAUGCUUCUCAUUUAACGUACAACUUUGGAGUAGUGUAAUAUUUACCUGAAGUUCUCUGCCACUCGGUUCCUACAUCUUUGAACGUGUGCUUUUGUCUUUGAGCAGGCUUCUAGUACAUGUUGCUGAACUAACUUUCUGAAGAACCGAGUUGACUUCUAUUGUUUCUCCCUGCCUACUAAGCAAAGGGAUGGGGGGGGGGAGGGGUGCUCCUUUUUCCCUGUGAAUUGUGCUGAGGAGAGGGUGUAGCUUCGAGGCCAGCCAUUAACCCAGUGUCUGGUCAUUGCUAAGGCAUUGCUUUCUUUCAUCACUCUCUCCAGGUGCCUCUCUUGUUCCUACCUAAUUCAGUAAUGCAGUGUGGCUUUUGUUCAUCAUAACAGUGUACUCUUUAUGCAGCCUUUCUUCAGACUUUUCAUUACCAUUUUAUAUCGAAGUGAGUUGUCAUAAUCGUUCAGAAUUGUAACAUGAAAGAUUAUUUGGGGGAAACUGCUGUAUUACUUUAUUCACGUAUUUGGUUCAGGGGCUGCCAAAAGACAGGGUACAGAAGGUAGAUUAAAGGGGUAGCACACUUGCUGAAUAAAUGAAUGGAAACCUCAUACACAACAGGACAUACAAUUAGUCACAGGGACAAAUAGUCACAGGUACAGCAUAACAAAUACGCAAUCUUUUAAACACAGUUUCUUAGUUUACAGACAUAAUUGAUUUAUUCAGUAUUGUGCUGGAAGAAUCGAUGGAAUUUGUGUACCGACAUACCACUUACCUUCCAGUGACUAGUUUAUGCUGCUGAAAAAUCUAAGGAUGGAACGAUUUGUGUAUGUGACCGCUACAUUAGUUUGGUGUCAUACAUAAUUACCUGAUCAGUAAAACCUAAAGCUAUGGUUCCAAAAGUUCAUUACAUUUGCUAUUUCUUCUUCACAGAUCUGCUUUGAGUUGCUCUGUGUUUGCCUUCCUUUGUAAAUACUCUUAAACUUUCUUGUUUGUAAGCAUCUUGUUUGCAGUUUUGGGAGAUGACCUUGCAACUCUGUAUAGUGUUUAUAUAAAUAUAUAUGUAUAUCUGACUUGCUUUUCCAUAGAGCUA